AUGCCCGCCUCUGCUAAUAUCCCACCUAUUGCACUGCCAUUUGUGAGCGACCAUGCUAAGAGGACGCUGGACUUGGUGGAGAAGUUUGUGGAGGAAGAAUGCAUCCCAGCCCAUGCCGUCUUCGAGACGCAGUUAGGGCACGGCAACGCCCGGUGGAAGAGCAAACCAGCCAUAUUAGAAGGCCUCAAAGCAAAGGCCCGUCGGAUAGGGCUAUGGAACAUGUUUAUGGCCGGGGAUCACGGAGCUGGGUUCAGCAACCUGGAGUAUGGGUUGAUGGCGGAGUAUCUGGGGCAACCAACAAUUCGGCCCCUGACAGGGAAACAUGGAACUUCUAGCCAAGUAUGGCACUACGGAACAGAAGCGGCGAUGGCUGGCCCCGUUGAUGAAGGCAAGGUCCGGUCUGCCUUCUUGAUGACAGAACCUGAUAUCGCCUCAAGUGAUGCGCGCAACAUUCGCUGUGAUAUACGCCAGGACGGGGAUGAGUAUGUUAUCAAUGGUUCGAAAUGGUGGUCUUCCGGUGCUGGCGAUCCCACCUGUGAACUGUACAUCGUGAUGGGCAAAACCACCACAGCGUCUGAUACAGGCCCGUACAGCCAACACUCGGUUAUCCUGGUUCCGGUGGAUACGCCGGGUAUCACCGUUCAUCGGAUGUUGUCCGUGUACGGACACGACGAUGCACCGCAUGGACACGGUUAUAUCACCCUCCAGAAUGUCCGCGUCCCGAUGUCCAAUAUAGUCCUGGGCAAAGGACGAGGAUUUGAAAUCAUCCAGGGUCACCUUGGGCCAGGUAGGAUUCACCACUCGAUGCGGACUAUCGGAGCUGCCGAGAGAGCACUAGAAUGGAUGAUUGCACGAGUCAACGAUGAGACUAGGAUGACUUUUGGAAAACCACUCUCCGCGCACGGAACCAUUGGCGAAUGGAUUGCCAAGUCCCGGAUCGAGAUUGACACGGCCAUUCUGGCCGUGUUGAACGUCGCUAUUAAAAUCAACCGAGACGGUGCAAUGGGGGAAAUUGCUGCAGCCAAGGUGUUGGUGCCCCAGACGGCUUUACAGGUCAUCGAUCGGGCUAAUCAAGCCUACGGUGCUGCUGGGGUUUGCCAGGACACGCCCCUACCGGGUCUGUGGGCAUCGGCAAGGACGAUUCGCAUUGUCGAUGGGCCGGAUGAAGUACAUUUGCAGCAGCUGGGGAGGAGAGAGAUCCAGCGUCUGGGUAAAUCAGCGCCGGAGAAGAUUGCAGCACAGAACGCAGAGGCUGGCCGGCUGUUGGCUUGCGAUGGGUUCUCUAGAGGUAUGCUCAAGGCUAGCCUGUAG